AUGUUUCACGAUGGAUCUGCACAGUGGCCGCAGUUUGCACUUAGUGACACCAGAUGUGUUUUGUCCUUCAGCCUCUCAGCAUCGUGCGGAGCCAUCCAGAAGCUGACGCGGGUUCGCGUGGUGGAUAACAGCGCCCUAGGAAAUACGCCGUAUCACAAGCCCCCCCGCUGCAUCCAUGUUUACAACAAGUCCGGUGUGGGGAAGGUGGGCGAUAAAAUCCUCCUGGCCAUUAAGGGGCAGAAGAAAAAAGCGCUGAUAGUGGGCCACAAGAUGCCCGGACCUUCCAUGACCCCCCGCUUCGACUCCAACAAUGUGGUACUUAUUGAGGACAAUGGCAACCCUGUAGGCACCAGAAUCCGGGUCCCAAUCUCAUCCUCCCUAAGGAAGGAGGGGGCGCACUCCAAGGUGUUGGCCAUCGCCCAGUCCAUUAUAUGA